AUGAACAUGGCAUCAUCACUACCAAACUUGCCACCAGAUGAGAAAUCAAUGGCUAACAUGGCUUCUUGGGCUCCUAAUUGGGGAUCAUAUUUGUAUCAGAACUUCUUACUUGCAUCAACGACAGCACCUACCGAUGCUCUCGAUUGGCUGAAUACACCUUUGUUGAAUGGCCCAUCUCAAUCUCUAUCAGCACAAUCACAACAACAAACGCAGCAUGUGAAUGCUGGUUCGGCAGACGGUUACUUCGGUCUAUCGGCCAACAGUAACAGUGGUAACAUUCCUCAAUCUAUAACCGAAUGGGCGGCGACCUCCGUUCCGGUCACCGAUGUUAAGACCGAGGUAAUAGACAACUUUGUACCUGCUAUAACAAACCAACAACAACGAUCACAACAAAGUCAGCAGCAGCAACAACAACAACAACAACAACAACAGCAGCAGUCACAAGCAGGACCAUCUAGCUUCUACCCGCAGUUCUACUUCCCUUCCGCUUCAGGGGGUAUCAAUACUUCCCUCUUAACACAAAGUACACCACACAGUCAAUAUUCACCCCGGUCAUCCAUCUCAGCUCCCUUCGGUCUUAGUGCUCCUUCGCAUUCAACCGACUCUGUUCACAUUGUUGAUCAUACUCUCACUCGUUCACCGUCACCAAUAUCAUCUGUUGUCGUAAGCCCGCAUUACUCUCCCGCACCAAGACAAGCUAGAUUGAAAGGACGUCCAAGAGGUGGGAAGAAGAGGAGUCAUUCCAUACUGUCUGAUUCCGAUGCUUCUCAUUUCCAUGAUGAUCAUGACCACGACCACGAACAUGAACCCGAAGUACCUGAAGGUGUAGAAAAGGAUGGUAUGAUUUGGGGAAUGAAGGUUGAAGACUAUCGAGCGCUCUCCGCUAGAGACAGAAAGCGAGUCAGAAACAGGAUUUCUGCGAGAACAUUUCGAGCGAAGAGAAAAGAACACCUUACAUCUCUCGAACAUGAUCUCGGGGCCAAAGACCUUCAAGUCAAACUCGCUAAUGAAGAGAGUGCCCGUCUUCGUCGCGAAGUUGCUGAGCUCAAAAAGAAAUUAGCCAAAUACGAGAAGUAG